GUGUCAAAAUGCAGCAUUUCGUCUUGUUUUCAUAUUUUCCCAUGCCACACGUGCGUUGUGGGAUAUUAAAUUAAACAGAGGUAUUUGGAAUUUAAACAUUAAAUUAACACACACAGUUAAGAAAUAUUCAGUUAGAUCUUCCCAAACCACAGCAAUAAUACUUCAAAAUGGUCAAACGAUUGCGGAAAACGAAGAAAAAUCAAAAGUACAACUACAACCGAAACCGCAAAAGACUGAAUAAGAAGCUUCGCAGCACCGGUGUCAUCAAGUGCAAGGAGAUCAGUAAGGCCCUGGACAAGUCGCAGCCACUUUCGGCCAACAUCCGUCAGAUGGGUUUGGCAUUCAAUGUCAACAAAGCUCUUCCGGUACCGAACGCCAAGCAGGAGCGCCUCCAGUUGACCAGAUACGUGAACGGCUUUCUGGAGGAAGACAAUUGUGACGAAGAUGCCCUCAGACCCAGUAAGACGGGGAAAACGCGCAAACCGCCGAAAGUGUUUGUCCGCCAACAGUUGGAGAAAGAUGCGAAUGAGUAUGUGGAGAGUCGGUUUCGGCUACCGAAGGGCCAGGUUCAGUAUGUGACCAACUUUAUUGACGCUCACGGUUUUAACUACAAAGCGAUGUCAAGGGAUCGAAGAAACUAUAACCAGGAUACAUGGCGCCAGCUGCGACAAAAAGUGCGCAAGUUUCUCUCCAUCCCGGAACAGUGCACACCGUAUUUGGAACGAAAGGGUUGGCUCGACUGUGAUAUGAACGAUCCGAACGACGCCCGAUGGAAGGAGUACUGCACUGAUGAUGAAGAGUGUUGAGUCCGGGAGGAUGUUAUUUUUAAUAAAUUGGUUGCUAUGUUGUGCA